AUGGCCGCUACCGCCCCCGAACAAGCUGGCACCUCAGCCGAAACCCAACCUAGACAACCCAUCUGGUUGAGAUGCGAGAAGAAACCUUUCGAACAUCGAUCAGCUUUGACCCCUACCACCGCUAAGACUCUACUCGACAACAACUUUGAAGUAUUUGUCGAGAGAGAUCCUCAAAGAAUCUUCGACGAUGCUGAGUUUGAAGCCGUCGGCUGUAAGCUCGUUCCCAAUAACGAAUGGCCCAGUGCCCCCGUCGAAGUUCCUAUCAUCGGUUUGAAGGAGCUUCCCGAGUCCACUGACCCCCUUCCUCACACUCAUAUCCAAUUCGCCCAUUGUUACAAGCAACAAGGUGGUUGGACUGAUGUUCUUCGAAGAUUCCAACAAGGCAAAGGAACAUUGUACGAUCUUGAAUUUCUUGAAGAUCCCGAAUCCAGAAGACGAGUAGCAGCAUUCGGUUUCCAUGCAGGUUUCGCUGGUGCUGCCGCAGGUGCAUUGGCUCUUGCAGCUCAGCAGAAAGAUGGCGGUAAAGGUGUCUUGAAGGGAUUGAAGCCCUAUAAGAACGAAGACGCUAUGGUAGCUGAAGUAUCCGAAGCAUUAGAAAGCGUAGAAGGUGGAAAGAACAACGUCAAAGUGCUCGUCAUAGGUGCUCUUGGUAGAUGUGGAAGUGGCGCUGUUGACCUUUUCAGAAAGGCCGGUUUGACUGAGGAAAAUAUCGUUAAAUGGGAUAUGGCUGAAACUGCUAAAGGUGGACCUUUCCAAGAAAUUCUUGAUGUCGACAUUUUCGUCAACUGUAUCUACCUCUCCAAGCCAAUUCCUAAAUUCAUAACUUCUGAAUUCAUGGCCAAAGCAGGAGACAGUCGAAAGCUCGCUGUCGUCGUUGACGUUUCAUGCGAUACUACCAACCCUCACAACCCUAUCCCAAUUUAUGAUAUCAACACCACUUUCCCUGAACCUACCGUUGCGGUUGAUACCAAGGGUGUAGGUAGAAGAUGUACUGUAGUUUCAAUUGACCACUUACCUACUCUUUUACCUCGAGAAGCUUCAGAACAAUUCUCAGCGGAUUUAUUACCCUCAUUGCUUAAAUUCCCUCAAAGAACCUCUGAACCAGUGUGGACCAACGCAGAAAAGCUGUUCAAGCAGAAAUUGGAAGAAGCUAGAGUUGAUGAUGAAAAAAAUGGUAUCAAAGCUUAA